UUAGGAAGCUCUCUGUUGUCACACGCUUCCAGCACAGUACGAGGGGGCAUGGACCACUUGUAACACUUGUAAUUUGGGCUGCUAAAGUAGUCCAUUCGCGUGUUGGUCCACCGUUCUUCAUGACUGGGAGAGAGGGAGAGGGAUGUGUAGCCAAGAAACGUGGCAAAUUAUGUGGCACUAGCUUAAUUUGCCGAAGCAUGAUGAUGCACUACUUAAGUAAGUCUUUAUAAAGAUCAAUAUAGCUGUAGGCAAUCACCAGAGGAUAGCUCAGAGGUCUGCUUCGUUUUAUAUCCUUUUGUGGUUUGUAUGCCAGAAAUGUUGGAACUCCUGCCUGCGAAGAUGAAAUUCAGUGAAUCGUCGGAAAGAGAGAGAGACUGGGUAGAAGCGAAGCAGCUUGCAGCUACAAGUGCAGCAGGAGUGUCCAACUUUGAUGUCUUCGGAGAAGCAGAAUGCAUCGAACAAGAAUCAAGACAAUUCAAUUGCGAUGCUGGUUCUGCUUUGGAACAAUCAACAGAAGAAGCUGAGAAGGAAAUGUUUUCCGGCCUUGCCGGCAAGCUGAGAAAAGAAAUAGAAGAAGCGAAUGUUGAGCGGGUGUUUAUUGGUCUCACCAGAGCCGAGGCCGAGAGAGAGUAUACAGAAAUAGAAGCCCAAAGAGCUGCCGAGGCUGCUCGAUUUCAUAGGAAAAUAGAAAUCGCUAGCAGUAAGAUCAGGUUGCUCUCCGAAGAACUCAUUGCUGCCAAGGAGCUCGAAGCGGAGCUCGCGGCAACAUAUCAGGAUUUGAAUGCCCUGCAGAAUGAGAUGGAGUACAUAAAAGUGAUGGAGAGAAGUUCUCAGAACAAGCGUUUGAGCGAUAAACUCGAGUUAGCGUCAUCUCGGGCAGAAUUGGAGGCGGCGAGGAAAGAGCUGCUAUCUCUCCGAGAAGAAGGAUUUAAGCUAAUGGCUGAAAUGGAUAGUAUAAGAGGAGAAUCAAUAAAGAUUGCCGAAGAGAGAGCGCAGUUGGCGAAGUCUGAAAGGAAAAGAGAAGCCCAUCUUCGGUCCCUCAACUCAGAUCUUCACAAAGCCAUGUCUAAACUUGAAUCGGCGGCCUCAGCCGAGAAGAGGGCUGGCGCUAUCGUCGCGAAUCUCUCGGCAGCACUGCAGCAACUUCAGUUGGAUGCUGCUGCGGCGAAGCGAGAAGCGGAGCUGACUAACCAGGAAGUAUCAGCUAUACGGGAAGAGACCGCGAAGAUGUACUCGACCACCAAAUUUUGUGAGGAAAGACUCCGAGAUGCGGCGGAGGAACUCGAAGCAGGUAAGGAGUCGGAAGCGGUGGCUCUCGAGCAGUUACAGACGCUAACCGAGAGUAUAAUGAGAGAGAGAGCGAUCGCCGCUCUUUUUUGUUCGACGAUAACACUGUCCGCGUUUGAGUAUCACUAUCUGAUCAAGCAAGGAAGGUCGGCCCACGAAGUUGCUGACAAGAAGGUGGCCGCGGCUGAGGCAUGGAUCGAAGCAAUAAUUCAAGCUAGAGAGGAGGAGGAGGAGGAGGAGGAGGAGGAGACGCACUCUCCGAGGGCGGCCGAAACUACUCGGAAUCGGAGGAACAAGAAGAACAAGAAGAAGGCAGAUCUGCAGACAGCGAGGAGCUCGAGGGAACACGAUCUGCAGGAGAGAGAACUAGCAGAGCCGUUAAAGCCGAAGCUUGCAAUAGCAAUGCCGAGAAGGUCGAUUACUUUAGGCCAUGGCCGUGGUGGUUUAGCCGCUGUGCAGCCGAGAAGAUCCAUCAGCUUAGCUGGUGGCGCGGCGGCAGCGGGAGAAUCAAGAACGGCGAGAAAGGCUAGGAGGUCGUCAUCACUUCCGCCUACGAGACGGCGCAGCACCACCAGGCCUCAGCCAGCAUUCGCCUCCAGGAGAAAGAAGGUGGUGCACAGGCUCGUUAAUUUCUUGAGUCGGAGCGCCGGAAAGAACUUGGGAGGACAAUGCAUUAUUCUGGGAGCUUAAUUAAUUCCCAAGUUCGAAAUCUCUUCUGCACUAGUGGUGGUGUAGCGCAACGUAUAAUAUAUAAUAUAAUAAUAAUAGUACGUAAUGCUCGUUUCUUCCUUUACUUGUAAUUAAUUAGCAAGGGCCUGUACGUGCAUGUUUAAUUUGCUCCCACCUGAAAUCGGAGCCAAAGCAGAAACGCUUUCCGGCUAGCCUGUUUGAUUUCGUGUGACGUGAUAUUUCGUGUAAAAUAAACUCUCGGGCUGAAAACUUGUUUCGGCUAGCUUGUUUGAUUAUAUGUAAAAUGAUAUUUUUAUGUAAAAUUCACUCUUCUGGUGGGCGAACCUUAUUUC